CCGUGUCACGUGUGCAGUUUAUCUCCCGAUCUGUCAUCUGUCCGAAAUCCCCGUCCGAAUCUGUCUGACGCUCACCUUUUGACGCACAGUUCGGAAAGGAAGCUCAGCUCAGUUCCCCACCAACAACGAUCGCAUAUCACGACCCUCGGGCCGAAUAUACACCGUCUUCGCCGCAAUGGUCCUCUGGGUAGACAAACACCGCCCCACAACCCUCGACAAGCUCGACUACCACGAGGGGCUUCGGGCUCAAUUAACCCAUCUCGCCUCGUCGGGCGAUUUCCCGCAUUUGCUAGUCUAUGGCCCCUCGGGCGCAGGGAAGAAGACGCGGAUUGUGGCGCUUUUGAGGGAGAUUUAUGGGGCUGGGGUUGAGAAGUUGAAAAUCGACCUCCGGCAAUUCCAAACCUCAGGCGGCAAGAAACUGGAGAUCAAUGUCGUGAAUAGCAACUAUCAUAUGGAGAUGACGCCCGGGGACGUGGGGAACUACGACCGGAUCAUCGUCACGGACUUGAUCAAAGAGAUCGCCCAAACGCAGCAGAUUGACAGUAACGCCAAACGGCCAUUUAAAGUGGUAAUCCUCAACGAAGCCGAUGGUCUAAGCCGCGACGCCCAGAGCGCGCUGCGCAGAACGAUGGAGAAAUAUAUGACGAAUCUCCGCAUUAUCUUGGUCUGCGAGUCGACGUCGAAGAUCAUCUCGCCUAUUCGGAGUCGGUGUUUGUUGGUUCGGGUGGCUGCGCCGGAGGUUGAUGAUAUAACGAGAGUAAUAACCAAAGUCUGCAAAAAAGAAGGCCUCUCAAUACCCCCAACCUUCGCAACACGCCUAGCCGAAUCCGCGAACGGGAACUUGCGGAAAGCGAUCUUGAUGCUUGAGGCCGCGCGGAUACAACAGUACCCCUUUGAAGAGAACCAGCAGAUUUUCUCGACGGACUGGGAACGUGUGAUUAAGGAGGUUGCGAUGGAGAUAUUGAAUGAGCAGAGUCCUGCAAAACUCCUGAAAGUCCGACAAAUGUUCUACGAGCUCCUCUCGCACUGCAUCCCCGCGGACCUGAUCAUCAAGCAGCUCGCGUUUGAGCUGAUGCGGAAUGUGGAUGGGGAGCUGAAGAAGGUUGUUGUUUUGACUGCUGCUCAGUUUGAACAUCGGUUACGACUUGGGAAUAAGUCGAUUUUCCAUUUAGAGGCGUUUGUGGCAAGGUUUAUGGCGGUCUAUAAGUCGUAUUUGAUGGAGAUUGGGGCUGCAUGAGGUGGGGGUUUCGGUUACGUUUGGAAUUUGGAUUGGGGACAUGGCUGGCUUCCUGCUUUUCUGCGCUCGAUUGCUGGGAUUAUGGAUCCGGUUGUGGCCCUCUAGACCACCGUGUGAACUCGUUUCCCCGCUCUGAUCCCUCCCUCCCUCCCUCUUG